CCCUAGCUCCUACAAAACAUCCCAUUUAAGAGAGAUGUUUCAAGAGUAUGCUCAUGUGAGAGGUGGAUACAGUAUCAAAUGGGUGGAUAAUACACACGCGCUGAUCAUCUUUCAGCAUCCGCAGACAGCCAAAAAGGCUUAUGUAGAUCACAUACAUAAUCCUGUAGCAAAAGUUCGUCCUUAUAAAGGACAGGUGGAGAAUAAAAGUAAGCAAUUGAACAAGGAGAUAGCUUUUCGACGAUGAUCUAAACAUUUUGGUAUGCUGCUCUUGAUGAUAGAUCCCGCAUCCAUACCUCGUCAACGAAAUAUGGCAGCCAAGAGAUUGAUUUUUGGAGCGUUAGGUACAAAAGUGCCU